AUGGAGAAUACCCUACACGUGGCCAUCGUCUCCAGCCCAGGAAUCGGACACCUCAUCCCCGCCCUCGUCCUCGCCCAACGCCUCGCCGCUCACCACGACGUCCACGUCACCGUCCUCGUCAUCACCGCCGCCAACGCGUCCCCACCGGAGACGAGCUCCUGCCUCCACCUCCGUGACGACCUCAUCCGGGUAGUCCACCUCCCCCCGCCCGACAUCACACGCCUCGUCACCCCCUCCACCCCAGUCGUCGCCCAGAUCUGCCUCACCGUCCGCAAAUCCUUACCCCUCAUCCGCUCCGCCCUGGCUUCCAUGGACCGCCGACCGGACGCCCUCGUCGUAGACUUCUUCUGCACAGAGACUGCACCCCUCGCUGCCGAGCUCGCCAUUCCCAAAUACGUCCUCGUCCCCACCACUGCCUGGUUCACCGCCCUAUCCCUCUACUGCCCGCUUCUGGACCGGGAGAUCAAGGGGCAGUACGUUGACCAGGUGGAGCCCCUCCGAAUCCCGGGCUGCAAACCCCUCAGACCGGAUGACGUGGUUGACCCGAUGCUGGACCGGGAGGCGCCGGUGUACCACGAGUACAGGGCGAUGGGGGAGCGGCUUCUUCUGUUCGACGGGAUUCUACUCAACACGUGGGAAGACUUGGAGCGUCAUACCCUCAACGCUCUCAGAAAAAACGAGGCUUGGAGUUGGUCAAUCCCGGUCCACCCAAUCGGCCCUCUCACAAGACCGGUCGACCAAGUUGAAGAGGGCAGCAACAGGAAGCUCAUGUGUUGGUUAGACCGUCAACCGGAGGAGUCGGUUGUGUUGGUCUCGUUCGGGAGCGGGGGGACCCUCUCGGCGGACCAGACGCGUGAGCUGGCACGGGGGCUGGAGAUGAGCGGGCAGAGGUUCGUGUGGGUAGUGCGGUCGCCCAAUAAUGGGGGAUCCGCGGACGCCGCCUUCUUCGACAGUAACGGGCGCUGCUGCGGGAAGACGACGUUUGAUUUUCUGCCGGAGGGGUUCCAAGGGAGGGUGGGGGACAGGGGGUUCCUGGUGGCCGGGUGGGUCCCCCAGGCGGCUGUCCUGGAGCACCGGGCGGUGGGAGGGUUCGUGUCGCACUGCGGGUGGAACUCGACGCUGGAGAGCGUGACGAGAGGGGUGCCGAUGGUGGCGUGGCCGCUGUAUUCGGAGCAGCGGAUGAAUGCGGCGUUCCUGGCGGAGGAGGCCGGGGCGGCGCUGCGGGUGUCGUUGUCGGGGGGAGUGGUGAGCGGGGAGGAGGUGGAGAGAGCGGUGAGGGGGCUGAUGGCGAAGGGUCAAGUUGUGAGGGAAAAGGUCAGGUGUCUGAGGAGGAGUGCGAUGGAGGCCUUGAAGGAGGGUGGGACCUCGCACAAGGCAAUGCGCGAUAUGCUGCACACAAUCAGUUUGAGAAAAAGCAAUUGA